AUGAGUUCCUGUCGUUCCUGCAAUGUCCGGGUACUGGUGGCUGUUGUGUGUGGGCUGCUGACAGGCAUUGUUUUGGGACUGGGCAUCUGGAGGAUGGUCGUAAGGAUCAACAGAGGGAUAUCUCUUUCUGUGCCAAGCACCCCUGUACAGUUCUGCAGGAAUGGAGGAACCUGGCAAAAUGGCAGAUGCAUUUGUACUGAAGAGUGGAGAGGGCUGAGAUGCACAAUCGAAAAUUUCUGUAAAAAUGGAACGUACCUGAACUUCACCUUUGGCAUAAUCCCAGUGGGCAGAUAUGGGCCUUCUUUGGAGACAUGUCCUCCCAGCACCGCAAAUGCGGGCAGUCCUCGAGCAACUGUGCUGUGCGGCAUUUCUGAGCUUGGAGUCAUAGGCUUACAAAAUAUAACAAUAGGAAGUUGCGAAGUAAAUCUAGAGACGCUGGAAAAACAGAUAAACAACAUCACAACAAACUCUGCGAAAAUUUCUGAAGACGUCCAGGUUUUAACAACAAAUGUCAGUAAACUGACGGCUCAGAACAUCACUUCUGCUACCACAGUGGUUGGACAGAUCUUCAAUAAAACCAGAGAGGCUGAAAGCCAGGCAAAAAAAUUGGCUGUAACCACCGUGAGUCAGAUUUUGGAUGCCAGUGCACAUGUUUUUCAGCAAGCUGCUGAGAUCGACAGUGGCAAUUCCUUUAACAUUCUUAUCGAGCAAAUGGAGAAUUAUUCCUUUUCUCUGGGUGAUGAGACAGUGGUGGAACCUAACAUAGCAAUCCAGUCCGUCACUUUAGACAGUAAUGCGGGGCCAAGUGUUCUCUUCUCUGUACAGAAAGGAUCUAGUAAUUCUCUGGUUUCUGGUGAAACGUCAAUUAAUAAAACUUCAGAUGGACUCAACCCAAAUGCACAGACUGAACUUCAGAUCUUAUUUAAUACUGGGAAAAAUAAGAGUUCAUGUGGUUUUGUGGUGUAUCAAAACCACAAACUUUUCCAAUCAAAAACUUUCACUGCUACAUCAGAUUUUAGUCAAAAAAUUAUCUCCAGCAAAGCAGAUGGAAGUGAACAAAUCCAGAAUGAUGUUUCUGUGCAAAUGGUGUUUAAUCCCACGUAUGACAAAAGAGAACUCCAGCUUCACUCCUAUGCCUGUGUCUACUGGAAUUUUUCAAAAAGCGACUGGGACACACUUGGCUGCCAGAAACACAUGAGCACCUCAGGGUUCCUUGGUUGCCAAUGCAACCACACAACCAAUUUUGCUGUAUUGAUGAGUUUCAAAAAGGAUUACAAGUAUCCUGAAUCCCUAGACGUAUUAUCCAACAUUGGCUGUGCCUUGUCCAUUGCUGGUCUGGCUCUAACAAUCUUAUUCCAGAUUCUCACCAGGAAGAUCAGAAAAACAUCAGUAACCUGGGUGUUGGUCAGUUUGUGUACAUCGAUGUUGAUUUUUAAUCUCCUUUUUGUGUUUGGAAUUGAAAACUCCAAUAAGAAAUUAAAGACAAGUGAUAGUGACAUCGAUACUAACCCUGAAAAUAACAAAAUACCAGAAAGCGAUACCGUUGAGACCCCGAAUCCCUCAUGCACAGCCAUUGCCGCCUUGCUCCACUAUUUUCUGCUGGUGACAUUCACCUGGAAUGGACUCAGUGCGACACAGCUCUACUUCCUUCUGAUAAGAACCAUGAAGCCCCUCCCUCCACAUUUCAUUUUCAUCAUCUCAUUAGUUGGAUGGGGAGUUCCAGCAAUAAUAGUAGGUCUAACGAUUGGGAUUAUUUAUGCCCUGAGUGCAAACAAGACGUACUGGGAGUUAGACUACCGGCAAGAGGAAAUAUGCUGGCUGGCUAUUCCCAAGAACAAUGAUUUUGCAAGAAGUCCACUUUUGUGGUCGUUCAUCGUGCCUGUAACCAUCAUCCUCAUCACCAACAUCGCUAUAUUUGUCAUAAUCACAGUCAAAGUGCUGUGGAAGAACAACCAGAACCUGACAAGCACAAAAAAAGUUUCGUCCCUGAAGAAGGUUCUCAGCACAUUAUCUAUUGCUGUUGUUUUUGGAGUUACCUGGAUCUUUGCAUAUGCUAUGCUAAUUAACAAUGAUGACAUCAGGAUUGUUUUCAGCUACAUAUUCUGUCUUUUCAACACCACUCAGGGAUUGCAAAUAUUCAUUCUCUACACUGUUCGAACGAAAGUAUUUCAGAGUGAAGCUUCCAAAGUAUUGAAGUCGCUGUCAUCAUCCUUUGACAGAGUGAAGCCGAGGACUUCGAUGACCCCGCUGAAUCUGCGUGUAAGGAUGUACAAUAUGCUCAGGUCCAUACCAUCCCUGAACGAACGGUUUAGGCUGCUGGAGCCAUCUGCAGAGACUGAGGAAACAUCAUUGUCUGAAAGUGACCAAGCAAAAUCAAGUGCCUAA